AUGGAUCAUGACAGGUCAACUCAUUCUUGAUGAUAACAUCCAUCUCAGCCGAAAUAAGGAGAUUAAUGAAACAUUAUUCGUAAAGGAGUCUAUUCAAAAACCUCUUCCUCCUUUCUAAACGGCAAAUCUCCUAGACGGAUCGUGUUUAUAUAGGAGCAUUCAUCAUAUCAUUUUUCGGACUUUACACUUUUCGGCGGCGUUGAUUGAAUCGAGAUUUAUUAUUCGCCCUUGUUAGGGGAAACAAGGAAAGAAAAAACGGUAUACGGGACCGUACGAUCCAGCUGGAACGAUCUUCUCUUCCACAUCGCAUUCAAUAGGCAAAUUUUCCAAUAUGUUCUCGAUAACAUUGCAAGCUUAAGCAUACACAGAUGUUUGAACGGAAAUCAGUGAAGGUGCAGCCUCAGGCUGCAUCCUCGUCUUCAGUAUCAUCGAAACGCAUAUAUCAAAAUGCUUCAUUAUCACCAUCGCGGAAAAAUGCAUCUACUCCGCCAGCAAAAGGUGAUUUUUUUGGGCUUGAUGAGGGGUACGAAAGCGAGGGAAAUCUGUCCAUCGCUGCAAGCUUCACACGUACGACGGCAGCCCUGAAUCUUGGCUUCGAUUCUGAAUUUGAAGAUAAUGAGAGUCAAAUGGACUUUCUUACUGUAGAAAGCGCCAAAUCGCAACAAGGCGGUCAAACUGUUGCUGAAAGUUGGGAUGAUGAUUUUAUCUUCACAUCUGCCAAUGAGGGUAAUGCGGAGAGCUCAAAUAGUUCUGCUCCAUCAAAGGAGAAAUCAACUUUGAACAGGGACAAUCUAUCAGAAGAGGAAGAGAUUUCCAAUUGGGAUAGCGAAGGAAGUGAAGGCAGCAUCAAGGCACCGGUCAAUACUACAGAGAACCAGUCAGGGAAAAAUCGCCUGUUCCGAACAGCUUCAUCCCAGACCAUAGUCCCAAAUUCUGGUCAAGAAAACCAAUCGCAGGCCCUAUCUCCCAAGCAGGGUAAGGCCAACAAAACGAAAGCUCAAGACAGCAUCAACAGUGACAGAACGACCCCUCUCCAGCCAUCCAACAAAGGAGAGUCAUCAACGUCGCAAUCAUCUUCUCAGCCUCAAUGGAACAAUAAUGCUACUACACCAACAACACCCACUUCAAAGAAAAAGUGGCUUCUUUCCAAGCAAUCUCAGAAGGACUCUUCCAAAACAGCUUCAGCAAAAUCCUCAUCACAGCCUACUUCACUGUCUUCGCCAGCCAACCGUCCGUUAGCAGGCACAAAUCGAGGAAAGUCUCCUGAGACACCAAAGAAUCAAGCGAAAGGAAUGAAGAAACAAUCUACAGUAGGCCAUGGAAAUGAUGUUCAAAACGGAGGAGAGCUCGAGACAUCUACCUCAAAGCGCAAACCAUUUGGUUUAGGCGAAAAGACAUGGACAAAAUUGUUGCAAAGCAAACUUCAACGAAAGAAAGAACAAAGUGCAAAUGUUGCUCAAUCAGAGUCAAGGCCAUCCGAGGCGAAAGCUACAUCUCAGCCAGCGCGCCCAUCGAAUGUACAGGAUUCACAGAAGACGAUCGUAUCACCUCGAAAGGUUGCUGAGCCAUCUAACAAAGCCUUCCCCACCAUCACGGAGAAUAGCACAAUUCGUGCGAAUGAGCCAUCAAAGAAUUCUAGUAAAGUACAAGAGAGACCGCCAGCACGUCAAGCGCAGUCCCGACCAUCUCUGCCAGACACUUUUGAGCAGAACAACAAAAUUUCUCCAAAGGCUGAGCGCACCCCAGCAAAGGAAGAUUAUGCAUACGGAUCUAUUUCGGAGCAUCGUCAUUGGGCAUCUCGUUUGAAUAAAGAAUCGCCGCCUCGGAGAGGCACGAUGAGGAAAAGAAGCGAAGGCUCGAGCCAAACAACCGUGGAUUCUCUGCAACAUGCGGAGCAGUCAGAAGAGAAGAGAAAUGGAAAGCGAAAGAUGGACAUCGAAGACUUGAACUUUGCCCACAAAGUCGUACCAGGCGGCAGUCCCAAAGGCCUCAUUCGUCCAACAAGAGCUAUGCCAUCUGAAUCCACACGUAGAGAUUCUCGAACUGGCGUCACUCAGAACCGCACAGCAUCAGACUCAACUACGGUUAGUGUGACUUCAUCAAUCGACUAUGACAAAUCAAGUAUGGCUGGAAGCAAUCUGACAGAUGCGUCUACCGAUUCAUCUAUUGCAGUCUCAUCGCCUAUGGUGACACAAAGUCAUACGCCAAAGAUUCAAAUCAUAAGGCAAUUGCCGAGUGAUGCGGAAUCUUUACCUUCAUCGACUGAUUCAAAAUUAUCUCGAACGCGUAGGCCACCUCCUGUGUCAAGUGGUAUAGAAAGUUUGACACGAAGACAAGCUGCGAUGCAAUUGAAAGAUAUGUCUUCGCAGGACAGAGCCGAUGCUCGACAAGAGUCGUUGGACGAGGACGAUUUGAAUGGGUCCGAUUCACGAAGCGUUGUUUCUCGCAAAAGUGACGAUGAAGCGAGUGCAAAAACUUCCAAGACAGGCGACUUGAAAAUCCCCUCUCUUAUCAGUAAAGCGCAAGAAGGCGUUCGUGCAGAUAUGAUGCGUAUCCGUAACUUUGCUACUGGAAUUGAAGAGUUGAAAGGAUUGCGUGAUGCUUAUCAUCGUAUCCUAGACCGACUUGAUGAUCACGCAGAGGUAGAGGAAAAAGGAGGUAAAGAAAUUGAAACCUUUAGACUAGAGCUAGAACAUUCGGAGUACGUCUAUGGAAGCUGGUGGGAAUGUGCGGAGGUUUUGAUAGGUUUGGCAAAUGGGAAGGAUGAAUUGGAAAAAGCUUCGGGGGAAGGGAAAGGUGCUAGCAAGCCCAAAGACCAGAAGUCUUCCAACGAUCGCUUUUCUUCGGUCAGGCGGGCCAACAACGAGAAAGCACAAAGUAUAUCAAACAGUCGUGCGUCAUCUUCGGCAUCGCGAUAUGUCCAUCCUGAACGAGAAAGAGACAUCUUAGCGGCCAUGUUGGCGGGUACGCCGCCGGAGCAAGCUUCGCCAACUAGAUCUUCCGCAAUAUUGCCACGGCAUCGAACUGCAAGUGUUGAUACACCCUCCUCUCGUGAUUCACAGCUGGAAAAUCGCACGAUUCGAGACAACAGAAGAAUGUCAUCUCAGAGCGUGAUAAUUCAAUCUCGCAGGCGCACAUCCGAUCCUGACCCCGGCAAAGAAAAGGGAAAACAAGCAGAUCCGAACGUGCAAUAUCUGCCUUUCGCUCCCGAGCAGAAUGUUUCGAACACUAACUUAGAUCAUCUUAAGCAUAACAGAGUAAUGAGACAAACGAGCGGUGGUCGGAGACACUUACGAAGUGCUGGCCAACAAGGUCUUCAAGGAUUGAAAGAUUUGAUCGUGACUAUCCGCAGAAACUCAACGACAACUACCUAUCGAGACGAAGCCCGAACAUCACAAGUCUCUCUCCGAGGCUCAUUCGGUGAAUCUUCUUCAGAGGUUAGUGGAGGACGCAAAACUCCGUCAGGCCGCAGAGUAAACCCUCCGUUCGGAUCUGGGCCAGGUGCAGAAUCACCAGCAAAGCCUUAUCCACACAACUCAGAAGCCAAUUCCAGCAAAGUGUCUUUGCAACGGCCUAGCACUAGACUUCCGAAAAGUAGUGGCUCCUAUGAUGCGGACGGAGAGAAAAGUGCGGCAGACGCAAAACCAUCAAGACGUUUUAUUCGAUUUGCCAGGGCUUCUUCGAGCAGUAGUGCAUUCUCUCUGGAAGGAAGUGGUCAUGACUCAAGCAUAGACAGUGCAUGGACAGAAGCCGAAUUGAGUACGUCUCAUUUAGAGGAUAUCAAUGGCCACGGCAACUCUCAUACCUUUGACGUUGCACCUUCCAAGACCAUAUCACAUGCACAUAGACGUACAAUUUCCAUGCUUAGCAGAGCAUUACCUAUGGGAGCACGAAAGAACGAGCGUAAUAUGGAGUGGAACAAUUUUCCAAGCAGUAGUAAUGCUCAUCAACGUGGAAACAAUGGCAUUCUUUCUAAUUUGCGGAAUAAUAGAAGCGAAGCACAUCUUUCCAGCCCAUCGCAUUUCACCUCGCCCACCUCCAUUCCACCGCUUCCGCGAACGAUGAGCGAAGAACGUCGUGUCAAUUUUGAAGGUGGCGGUAGGUCGAGCGAAAGUGAUUGGACCUUACACGAAGGAUCUUCUUCUGCCAAUCGUAUGAGGGUCAUGUCAGCCGAUCAUCUGGAUUUGGCAGCUCAAAAGCAAGCUGAAGAAGCAUCAGAAGCUUUUAGAAAGAUGGCAAUGCGAUCAGAAGCGAUGCCAAGCUUAAACAGGUAUUUGGAUACAACCAAAGCACGAUGUAGGGAAAGUUUGACGGUUUUGAAAGAUUUAGAAGGACAAAUCCGAGGAGAAUCGAGAUAAGACUACCGUGAUGUAUAUAAUUUACCCAGCUGUAUUUUUAUCAAAUGACUAAUAC